UUAUUAAACCUUCAAUUCAGAGUGGAUAAAAUACUUGAAAAAUGUGUAUAUCAAUUUCAUGUAUCUUCAUAAUUUUAAUUGUUGGUUCUUAUUCUGUCUAUGGUGAUCAGAAAUAUACCAACAAACCUCUAGUUAUCACAACUUGGAAAUUUACAAAUGCUACAGCAAAAGCCUGGAGCACAGUAUAUGAAAAACAACUAACAGCCAUCGAUGCAGUUGAAAGUGGAUGCAGUGUUUGUGAAUUGCAACAAUGCGAUGGGACUGUAGGUUUUGGUGGAAGUCCUGAUGAGAACGGUGAAACCACACUUGAUGCUCUAAUAAUGGAUGGUAAAACUCUUAAUAUGGGAGCAGUAGCUGGUUUACGUAGAAUAAAGAAUGCAAUAUCUGUGGCAAGGCAUGUCCUACAUAAUACAGAGCAUUCAAUGAUUGUUGGAGACCUAGCAACUCAGUUUGCAUUAGAAGCAGGAUUUGUUGAAGAAUCUUUAUCAACUACUGAAUCUCAUGAUAUGUGGACCUCUUGGAAGCAAAUGCAUUGCCAACCAAACUUUAGAACUAAUGUUGUACCUGAUCCUAGCCAAUUUUGUGGCCCUUAUAAACCCAAAAGUCAUUCAGAAAACGAUUAUAGUGAUGAUAUUAGAAGUGAAAAAAAUUUUGGUAUUCACAAUCAUGAUACAAUAGGAAUGGUAGUUUUGGAUACCGAUGGCCAUAUGGCUGCAGGAACAUCAACCAAUGGGGCUAAACAUAAAAUUCCUGGAAGAGUUGGUGAUUCUCCAAUACCUGGAGCAGGUGCUUAUGUGGAUGAAGAAAUAGGGGGAGCAGCUGCUACUGGAGAUGGUGAUGUAAUGAUGCGAUUUCUUCCUAGCUUAAUAGCAGUGGAAAGUAUGCGCAAUGGUGAAACUCCAUCAAGAUCUGGACAAAUUGCUAUGCAACGAAUUUCAUAUCGUUAUCCUGACUUUGUUGGUGGCAUUGUAGUUGUUGACAAAUUUGGUAAUUUCGGAGCAGCCUGUCACAAUGUUGAAGGCGGUUUUCCAUUCACAGUAGCACGUAAAAGCUCAAAUAUUUUUAAACCAGAAAUUCAUUAUGUAAAUUGUAGUAAUUAAACCAAAACAAAUUUCUUUAUUAAUUUUAUUUGCACAUAUAUUUUAUUAUUAAUACAGCAAACUUUUAUGUAAGUAGCAUUCUCAAUCAUUCUAAUUUUUUAUUUCUACCAUUCCUUGCUUGUUUUUAC